GGCGGCAGAAGGCGGCCGCUGGAGAGCGGGCUGCAGAGCUCUGCGCGCGCGGAGGGAAUGGAACGUUGCUAGGUCGUGGGUCUGGCUGCAGGGGCCCUGGCAGCUCGCUUCCAGCUACCGCGCGCCUGAGCUGGAGUUUGGGUGGAAGGGAGGUUUGCAAUUAAUGCACGCAUUUAAAACGCCUGAACCCUUGGACGCCAUGCACAGGAAGCACCUUCAGGAGAUUCCGGACCAGAGUAGCAACGUCACCACCAGCUUCACGUGGGGAUGGGAUUCCAGCAAGACUUCUGAACUGCUAUCAGGCAUGGGUGUCUCUGCCUUGGAGAAGGAGGAGGUGGACAGUGAGAACAUCCCCCAUGAACUGCUCUCUAACCUCGGCCAUCCCCAGAGCCCCCCAAGGAAACGGCUAAAGAGCAAAGGGAGUGACAAGGACUUUGUGAUCAUCCGCAGGCCUAAGCUCAAUCGAGAGAACUUUCCAGGUGUCUCGUGGGACUCCCUUCCAGAUGAGCUGCUCCUCGGGAUCUUUUCCUGCCUGUGCCUCCCUGAGCUGCUUAGAGUCUCCGGAGUUUGCAAGAGGUGGUACCGCCUCUCGCUUGAUGAGUCUCUCUGGCAGUCCUUAGACCUCACAGGUAAAAAUCUGCAUCCAGAUGUGACUGUGAGGCUACUGUCUCGAGGGGUGAUUGCCUUCCGCUGCCCACGAUCAUUCAUGGAGCAACCACUGGGUGAAACUUUCAGCUCUUUUCGUGUACAGCACAUGGACCUGUCGAACUCAGUUAUAAAUGUGUCAAACCUCCAUGGCAUUCUGUCUCAGUGCUCCAAGUUGCAGAAUCUAAGCCUGGAAGGCCUGCAGCUUUCGGAUCCCAUUGUCAAUAAUCUUGCACAGAAUGAAAACUUAGUAAGACUAAACCUUUGUGGGUGUUCUGGAUUUUCUGAAUCUGCUCUGAAGACUCUGCUAAGCAGCUGCUCCAGACUGGAUGAGCUGAACCUGUCCUGGUGCUUUGACUUUACUGAAAAACAUGUGCAAAUGGCUGUUGCACAUGUAUCAGAGACCAUCACUCAACUGAACCUUAGUGGCUACCGAAAGAAUCUCCAGAGAUCAGAUCUUUCUACCUUAAUUAGAAGAUGUCCCAACCUUGUCCACCUCGACUUAAGUGACAGUAUCAUGCUAAAGAAUGACUGCUUUCCAGAAUUUUUUCAGCUCAGCUACCUCCAACACCUGUCACUCAGCCGGUGCUAUGAUAUAAUACCUGAAACUCUACUUGAACUUGGAGAAAUUCCGACACUGAAAACACUACAAGUUUUUGGAAUCGUGCCAGAUGGUACCCUUCAACUGUUGAGAGAAGCCCUUCCUCAUCUGCAGAUUAAUUGCUCCUAUUUCACCACCAUUGCCAGGCCAACUACUGCCAACAAAAAAAGCCCAGAGAUAUGGGGUAUCAAGUGCCGACUGACUCUGCAAAAGCCCAGUUGUGUAUGAAACACUUACUGCAGGGUGGAGUCUCCUCUUCCUUUGGAAUGAGUAGUAUAGGCAGCAAACCCAGUUGCUGGAGAAUCCAGUUACUUUUAUUAUUGGUUUUAACUUAGCCUUCAUUCUGCACAGUGUUAGGGAACCAUUUAAGAGAGAGAACUAUGAAGUGUUGCUUUUUAAAAUAACUAUAAAUGCUUCUGUCAGUGCUGUCUGUGCCCUAAGGGCCUACGUUUUAAGUCUGAAAUUUUUAGGUGGGCCUAUAAUUUCAAUAUAGUUUUUUGAAGCAAAAUUUGAGCCAACUUAAGUGCCCUUCUGAUUAAAUUGUAUUUAAAAUCACUUUUUAAAAAUUACCCCUGGCUAAUAGUUUUCAUGGUGUUUGUGGUAACUUUUUAUCUAUUUAAUUUUUCAGUAUAAAACUUGAUUUUGAAGAAUAAUAAGCUAUCUGUAUUGUGAGCUGAACAGAAUCACAGGCUAGUGGCAUGUGAGGCAAUCUCUUCUGGGAAUUAAAAAUACACUCAACUUUGUGUUCAGAUUUGAAGUUAGUUUAAUAGAAAUACAGUCACAUAAUUGACCUUAAACUCUAUAUGAGAGAAAGUACAGAAUUGGUAUAGGAUUUGAAGCCUCAAAAGGCCAUUUUCUAAGCCAGAUUAAUAUGAAGUAUCCUUUAAUGUUUUAGGUACUGUAUUCCCAGAAUUAGGUGAGGGAAUCUUAAUUGUGCUUUUCUAACUUUAUAAUCAAUUUGUGUUAAUGUGGGUUGUUUAGCUUUUAAAAUGACUUGCUUUGUAUUAGAAAGAUGGCAUUAUUGUAAUCAGCAUCUAUUCUUGAAGUGGAUAGAACUGAACUGAUACUGUCUGCUAUUUUUUCUUUAGCGCCGAAGUUAUUUUUAUAUUACUCUGAAAUCAAGUAUUUUAAAUUCUUUAUGUGGUUUUUCACAAUAGUGUUUGAAACUACUUAGGUUAUUAGACCUAAAGUUCCCUAGGAAGAACUGCUUAUUUCUCUGACCGGGAAAUACACUAGAAGUAGGUGCACGUGCAGCUUUGGAGCAGCUGGCACUGCUUGCACUUAAGGUGUUUUAAAGACUCAGGUGUUGGACCUUUUGAUGGCAUUAGUUUUUUAACACCUGGUAUAUAAAAGCUAAAAGAUCAAAUUGUUUCUUAAAAUUUGUGAAGAAGAAAAUUAAGACUGAUCUCUUUAGAAUGCAACAAAGGUGCCAAGACUCAUCUUUUCUAUUAACUUUUUUUCAUCAAAAAAAUUUUAUGUUACAGACAAUAAUAUGAAGUGCCUUUUUCUGCUCAGACCUAAAGAACAGUUUUUAAAGUGUUACACAGGAAAUGAUAAUGCUUCACUUU